UCGCGGAUUCGGAUUCACAAUCAAAUCCUUUUGCGAGUUCGAGGAGUGCACACCGGUGGUCGCAUCCGCAUCCGAUACGAGUUCGAAUCCGAAAUCCGCGCCUCAAGCCGACUAGUACCAUGGAUAUCUCCGCCUACCAGCACAUGAACAUCCGGAUGAGCACGCGCGGCAAGCGUCCGCUGAGGAACCUCACGCCCAACGAUAAGGUGCGCGCCAUACAGCGCAUCCACAACGGUGAAACCAAGGCCAGUGUUUCGCGGGAUAUUGGAGUUCCGGAGUCCACGCUGCGGGGCUGGUGCAAGAACGAGCAGAAGCUGCGCUUCAUGUGUCGCCAGCUGGGACCCGAUCACCUGGGACUCGACACUCCUCCAGAGAAACGCGCCAAGUUCGAAUUGCAGCUCCAACUGCCGCCAAAGUUCGUGGCCCUGCCUCCAAAUUACGAGGAGCUGGGCUUCGGAGCACUGCCCUACUCCCCUGCUGAUUAUCCUGUGCAGGGGGACUCCUUGCUGGAAAAACUAAGCCUAGUGGAAUUUGUCAAAAAGAAUGGAGGACUGCAUCCGGAGGCGAUGCAUCCAAGUCAGUCCGGCGUGGUGGAUUACUCCAACAACAUGCUGCACCAGCUGAAUCUGCUCGCCUUGCUCAACUCCAAAUUAACACCCCAAAAUGCAGAAGUCCUUCCGGUGGAUGCACCCAAAUCUGAGGACAACAAGGCUGUUGACUCGCCCGCAGCCUCAGAGGAUUACAGCAAAAACACUUAUCCCCUGCUGAGUGUCAAGAACUGGGCAAAGGACCCUGCCAAACGAGUGACCCUUCCCAAUCAGUCGGAGCAAGUCAAUGAUAAGAACAACAAUGCUCUGGAGGCCAAUGGUUCGGGACAUCAAGUUCUGGCCACGGAACAGGCUAAGUCAUCGAUGUUCCCGGACACCACAAUUCCCCUACUGCCAGCUCCGUUCCCGAAUCCCGCGGAUCUAGCGCCUGUGAUAGCACCAGUGGGCAACGGUACGGGCAACUCCACACCCACUGGAACCGAUAGCCAGGGAGCUGCUCUACUGGACUGGUGCAAACUCUUCAACGCCAGUCUGAAUUUCCUGGCCUUUGCAGCGGCCGCAGCAUCCAUGCAACCCGGCGGCGGAGGAAGUGCACCCAACUACAACCCCAACCAACUGGCAACUGGGGGCUCGGAGCCGGACCUAGAGACAUAUCCUUUCAACGAGGGCCUGCUGAAACGCCUCAGUCCUUUGGCCCACAGUGAGGCCUCCAACGAAAGCUACUGUGACAGCGAGCCGGAGGAUCUGUCCGUGCGAUCCUGUGCUUCCAAGGCCUCCAGCAGAUCCCACACACCCGACAAGAGCGUCGGGUCCAGCGAUGCCGAACAGUAGACACCCUCAUCCUAGUUUCUAGUUCAUAGUGUAAAUACCUCCAUUUUUAUUGUUAAUAGCCACUUUAGUUAACCUUAGAAUUUACGACAACACGAAUCAUUUAGCAAUGCAAAUGCCAUUUGUACUUAUCAAUUAAUGUAUUAAUAUCAAUGCAACAGGUAUUAAUAGAUCAGCUUACUAUAGCUAGUAUUAACUAGAAAUAUCAACUGUGUGACUACUUGUUUGAAAACCAAAUUCAAUUCAUCUACACUUAUAAUAACAAAUACUAAUUGUGUUAAGUAGCUUAAUUAUUUGGCACGUUCGUCAGCCAUUCCAAUCGAUUUGUUUUCGUACUGCUGUAAUCUCCGUAACUCUUAAUAAGCAUAUAAACUAAUUACUAACGAAACGAAUAAAUAUUUAUUAAAAAAACAAAAA